AUGAAGUACCUCUACGAGACUCGCUUCGGGAAAUCGCCAAACAUGCACUUCAUGCGAGAGUUCUACGGGGAUAAGCAGACGUCUGCGUUGUCUGACAAUGAAGUUGCCUAUCUCGAGAUGAGAAACGAGGAUUUGGCGCAGGCCGGGAAUCAUUCUAGUCGAUACCCGGAAUUUGAAAUGUUUACGGAUCUCGAAAUUCAAGUUAUGCGUGAACAACUAAAAGAAAUUUUUGGGGAUGACGAGCCACCGUUUCGAUUCCAAAGUAUCCUACCGAUACUAGAUGAAUGCAUGUACAGGCUUGAUUCCGAGGGCAGAGAUUGCAACAACCCCCUAAAAUCAGAGUGCUUUGAAAGAUUGAAGGAUAUGGACGACUGGUUGUAUGCGGUGCCGACAGAGGAUUCGCAUUUUAUCCCGAUU